AUGUCUAAUGUUCAGCUGUUGAUUGGAGACCUCAAUGGACUAUUAACGGAUUCCAAAAGAAGGUUUCCUGAUAUUAGACUGUCAUGUGAGGCUGCAAUUAAAGUACUAAAAAGUUAUUCACUAGUAGUCCCAAUUCAAGAGAUUAAUAAAGAGGAUCACAAAGAGGAAAUAUUGAAACCGUUUAUUUUAUCUUGUAAAUCAGGAAACAUCAAAUUGACUAAUAUUUCAAUACCAGUGAUUCACAAAUUAAUAUUGGCUCAUUUGAUUCCUGAACUGGAUAUUACUCAGGCUUUACUAUGUUUACUGGAAGCUUCUAAUUUAGCUGUUGACAUUCAAUUGAGAAUCUUACAAUGUUUACCGGCAUUGAUGCAAAAAUAUCCAAUAACGGGAACAAAUUUACUUGACAUGUUAGCCAUAUGUUCUAGUUUGACAGCGAAUAAUAAAUCCUCAAUGGUGGUAAAUACUGCUUCAGCAACAUUGCAACAAUUGUUUACAAAUAUAUAUGAUAGUAUUGGUGAAAGUUCUAAUGAAAAGAAGAAAGAGCAUGAAGUGGUGAUAGAUAAUGAUGAAACCGUGAAGUUAGAUUCAUUGUCGCAUGAAGGGUUUUUAAUAUUUCAGGAUUUAUGCAACUUUAUUGAUAAUGAAUCACCCACUUAUUUGAAAGACUCUAUACACAUAAAAUUAUAUUCAGUGCUUGAAAUCGUGGAGAGCAUUGUUCAUGGGCAUCAAGUUUUAUUUCAAACUCAUAAGGAAUUGACUUACUUGUUGCGGGUACGACUUUUCCCAUCAAUGUUGAAAAUCUUAAAUUCUGUCACAAAAAACUUCCCAUUAGUGAAUAGAACAAUAAGAAUUAUGAAUGUUCUAUUAUCAACCCAAUUAGAAAACCUCAAGAUAGAGAGUGAAAUUGUCUUGUCCUUUUUCUGUCAUUUGGUAAUUGAUGGAGGAGAAACGGAGGAAAGAGAAUCUAAUUGGGAAAAGUACAUGGUUCUUGAACUACUCAAAAAUUUGUUUAGUGAUUUUCUGGUACUUAAAUUAAUUUUUCAACAAUUUGAUUAUAAUAAGCUGAUGAAGAAUGUAUUGAAAGAAUUAUUCAGUGUGUUUAUGGUAUAUUUACAAAAAAGCAACACCAUUGUUGAUGACAUUGUCAGACCAGUUUCAAGAUUGGCUCCAGGUACCUUUUCAACUGAUGGAUCUAGUUCUAGUGGUUCUGCUUUACAUGGCUCCAACGGCAAUUACUUAUCGCGUACAACUUCAAAUUUGAAACCACUGGUCCUUGAUCAUUUGGAUAAAUUAGAACCACCUGGCAAUAUUCCAUCUACGUAUGGGAUUUAUUUGAUUUAUCAAAUAUUAAUACUUUUUUCUGAUGGUGUGGCUAAUUUUGUUUAUAAUUUGAACGAUGAAUCUAAAGAUCCAAUUAGUUUAGAAGCUGAUGUCGAAUUAGCAAAUGCAUUGAUCGAAGGUUGUGGUGUUGAUGUUAGUUUAUUAUACGAGAAUUUCAUUUACACGUCAAUGGAUGAUGAUAGUUUUAAUAUAUUGAUUAAGUCGUUUCAAAAAUUCACCCAUGCCACUGGCUUAUUAGGAAUAACAGCCACCAGGGAUCGUUUGUUAGUGAUUUUGGCAAAGGCAAUCAUUAAGAAUACCAGUAAAAAUGAUACCAAUGAAAUAAAUUCACAAUCGCAUUCAUCGGGGUCAAUGUUGCAAGAACAGAAAAAACAUUUGUUAGCAUUUGGUGGAUCUUUGGUUGAAUCCAUAAGCACGUCAAUUGCUGGAGAAGGGAGUAAUGAAACAAAUCAAGCGAAUACUUCUAGUACUUCCUCUACUAGAUCGACACCGGUGGCUGCACCACAUAGUGCAUUAACUUCAAGGUAUUUUAAUUCACGUCAUGUUGUUUGUCUUCGAGUAUUGGUUAACACUGCAAUAUCUUUAAAAUCUACAUUACAAGACUCUUGGAAUAUUAUUUGGAUUGCCCUUCAAUGGUGUGGGUAUUAUCUCGAUGGACCUGAUCAGUUUAGUCCAUAUUUCAACAACACCAAGGUACAGCAAACAUUAAAGGAAUCAAAGAAACCACAAAUCAGUGCACAAGAUGUGACAAAUGUGGAAAACUCCAUAAAGAAAUUAUAUGUAAGCAUUGGUGAUAGUUCAGUUGAAACGUUUAGAACCAUACUCAUCACCUUAACUAGAUUAUCCGAUUUUGCUUUGGAUGUUGAUAAUGAGAAAUAUGAAGAUGAAUUACCUAUAUCCAGUUUUAACAAGAGUUAUUUUGUUUCAAGGUUGGCUCAAGUUAGUGAAAUCGAUGAAUUUCAUAAUUGGUUAAUUAAAGAUGAGGAAUCAUGGGACAUCAUUAGUUCGUAUUUCAUUGAUUUGGGAACGAAAAGAAAUAUUCAUUUCAGUUUAAGAAAUUAUGUUGUUGAAAUGUAUAUGAAGGUUAUUGAGACUGUGGCAGUUUUUGGAUUUCAACAUGAUGAUUUGAUUGAAGAAACUUCUCAAAAAACAUUGAAUGGGUUGAAUGGAUAUUUGGAAAAAUUAUUUGGCAUGGGAUCGUCGAAAGAAUUAUUAAUCAAUAAUCGUGAAACAGAAAUCCAUCUUUUGAUUCUUACCACAUUGCAUACAUUGAUUGACAAGUAUGAUAAAAAUUAUCAACAAACAUGGAAUGAAGUAUUUAAACUUUUGAAUACGCCUUUCCGUGCAGUAAAGAAAGAUGAAGUAGAGGAUACUAUCAAUGGUGAUGAUACCAGAUCUGAUGAAGGGGUUUUACUCAAGGACAAAACUCAGCUUUUGGUUGAAAAAUCAUUUGACACUUUAAAAUUAAUUCUCGAUGAAUUUUUGUCUACUCUCCCAUUUAAUCAAUUUAAAUUGUUAAUUGAUACAUUGUCCAACUUUGUUUAUCAACAAUAUGAUUUGAAUAUAUCAUUUAGUUCAGUUAGUUAUUUUUGGUUGAUUAGUGAUUCAUUAAAAUCAAGAAUGGUAUCAUUCAAAUGUGAGACAGUCCUGAAAUCACAUGAUAAGCAAACUGAAAUACAUGAUGAUGAAAACAAACUUCUUGAACUUAUUAGUGGAGAAAAAAUUGAAAGUUAUAAUUUUUACAUUUAUUUAAACAUUUAUUUAUUAUUAAGUUUGGCGAAAAUAUCUAAACAUGAAAUUAAUAGAGCACAAGUAAGAGAUGGUGCUAUUCAAACAUUUUAUCAAAUCAUAGAUGUUCAUGGGAAUGUGUUGAAGAAUAAAUCUUGGGAUAUGAUUUAUGAUAUUGUUCUUUUACCCAAUUUUUUCACUAUUGUUCCUGAAUCAAGAGGUAAAGAUUGGUUAGAUAGUUUACAAUUGAUUUUCACAGGAUUAAUUAGUCUUUACAACAAAUUUGUUUUGAACGACGAUAAUGGUAAUGGCAUUGUUGUGAAAUGGCAAUAUUUGAUUGAUUAUUUUGAUAAAUUAUUGAAAUUACAAUGGAUUGAUUUAAACUUGAAAAUUUUUAAAUCAUUACAAGAUUUAAUGACUUCCUAUGGAGGGAGUAAGAACAUAAAUAAGCAAGUGGGUGAUUUGUUUUUCAAGAUUUGGUCACAAUUCCCAAUUGAGUACGAUUUGAUUAAUAACAAUUAUCAAGAGUCUUUGGUUCAAUACAUGCAAUGCUUCCUACCUUUAUAUAAGAUAACAUCAAAAGAUUUGUCAAUUUCAGAUAUGGAUUUAAUAAUCAAUAUUUUCAACAAAUGUGGAAUGUACCCCGUAUUACCAAGUAAUCAAUCUGAUAAUGCAAAACCAACCAAUUUGCAAAAUUCUAUUUUGCAGAAUUUGAAACUUUUGAGUAAUGUUGACAACAAUAUUAAUUUGCGUCCAGAAUUUGAACCUUUGGUGAUACAACAAUUGAGUAAUAUUAUUAUUUAUCCCUAUGGAAUUAGAAAUAGAAUUGAAACCAAAUUACAAAACAAUGAGAUUGUCAAGAAUAAAUUACCUACAUUUGUUGCAUUUAGUCAUUUGAGUUUGAAUUUAUUAAAUGAAAAUUUGAACAACUUUGAUGGGGUUUUCUCGAGUAUUGGAAACGAUAAUGCCAUAAUGAAAUGUUUGAAAUCAUUACUUGAAAUUAUUGAAAAUAAGUCAAUUGGAAUAAAUAAUUCCGGGAAAGAACAAUCAUUAUCAUCACUCUGGAUUGAAAGUGAUCUUAUAUUUGUUAAAAUUAUCAAGAAAUUGAUCAAUCAUCGUGACAAUAACAAUUUAUUAACUAAUGAUGAAUUUUGGAAAUUAAUUAUUCAAAGAAUUGAAAUUAGUUUUAUUGCGUAUGAUGAAAAAAACCAAGAAAUCAAUAUUACUCAAUACCACGAAUUGAUAGAAUUAGUAUUACCAGAAUUGUUGAAAUAUGAAAACAAUCAGCACAUGAUUGAAGAUUUGGUGAUUAAACUUUAUGAGAAUUCAUAUUUGUAUAAAUUUAACGAUUUAGAAAUUAGAUUAAUGGAUCAAGAGAAAUAUACUGUUGACAAAACGAUUGAUAAUUUGACAUUAUAUAAAUUUGAUGAAUUUUUCGGUACGACUGAAUCUAUUGAAAAAUAUCCAAAUUUACGAAUCAGAUUAAAUUGUCUAGAAGAAUUGAUAAAUUUUCUGCUUGGAAAAGAUACCAAUACUGAUUCACAAAAAAUUGUUUUGAAACAAUUGUGUGAAAAGUAUUUGAUUUUGAGAGCUAGUUUUACAUUUAGAAGAAUUUUGAAUGAUAUCAAAUUAGUAUAUAAAUGUCCAAUUCCAAUUGUUCAACAGAAAGAAUUGUUAAUGAUAUUGAACGGGUUGAAUGAAUUGUCAGUGAAAAAUAACAAUAAUGAUGAUUUGAAGAAAUUAUCACGUUUGUUGAUUCAAUUAAUUCCUUAUUCAUCAAGAAUUAAUAAUUUAGACAAAGUAUUGCCUCAAGUGUUGAUCAAAAUCUCACUGUAA